AACAUAUCCACGGAGUGAGAACACGAGAUGAAACGCGACGCGAGCCCAGUCAAUAAUAACGCUACGUUUAGUGCAUUUUCAGUGCAUUUCCCUGAACACGAGUGAUGUUUGCGAUGUGUCGCGCGGAGUAAACAGUGGCUACGGACUUGUAAUGCGACAGCUGCUAGCUGAAUCCCAUUGUUCCAAUUCCACUACUUUUGUUCGCAAAAUCUCCGCUAAAAAUGCUGCAUCAGGGAAUAAGAGACGUGACAGUCGUAUUAAUGGGAUUGAUUCUUCACACGCAAGGGGUGCUCAGAAAUUUCCAACCUCCGAAAACAACUAUAAGAAUUGGAGCUAUUUUUCCACGGGACACUAUCAGCGAGGUUGUGUUCGCUUCAGCUCUCGCCCAGGCCAACAUGGAGAGUGAGCGUUAUAACUUUGUGAUGGCUGUAGAGUACUCUCCUUACGGCAAUAGCUUCACAGCCUCUAAAGCAGCCUGCAAACUUAUCGCUAGUGGAGUGGUCGCCAUUUUCGGCCCGACUGAUGCGACAUCUGCCGCCGGGGUUGCAGCUCGAGCCAGGACCGCUAAAAUUCCACAUAUACAGGCAGUAUGGCGGCCGCCCCCCGCGCGCUCCUUGCAGCCGCCGAGUUCGCCCAGCAUCAACUUAUACCCCGAAGCAGUGGCUCUUUCUAAAGCAGUUGCCAUUUUUAUAAAAGACAGUGACUGGAGCACCUAUACUCUGUUGUAUGACGACGAUCAAGGUCUUAUAAGGUUUCAAGAGAUCCUGAAGCACGCAGAUCCGGAGCACAAGUGGCUCGUGAAGAAGCUGACGCCUGGAGAAGAUAACAGAUCACUCCUCAAGACCUUGAAGGCGACAGGAGAAACUAGGGUGGUGUUAGACUGCGCCGCAGACAGGGUGCUGGACUACUUGCGACAAGCCAAUGAUGUCAAAUUCUUCGAAGAUUAUAUGAGCUACGUUCUAAUGAAUCUAGAUGCUCACACCUUAGACUUACAAGAACUCAGGAAUGGUAUGUCAAACGUCACCUGUCUGAGAAUAUUCGAUCACUCUGAUCCGAAAACAGAGGCCCAUCUCCUCAACUGGCAAGCAAGAAAGUCUGAAGUGCAAAUCCCAAAAAAAACACAACAAAUAACUGUAGAAGCUGCCUUAGCAAAUGAUGCAGCUAGACUUAUAACAGACGCUGUAGAAAGUGCUCCAGAAGAGUUUAAAAUAGAAGCGAAAGAAAUUGAAUGCGGCUCAGAGGACCAAUGGGAGAUUGGGGACGAUUUUCUGAAUCAUAUAAUGACGAAUCCAAUUGUCGGAAUCACAGAUAAAGUAAAAAUCGACAAUGUAACGGGAGACCGAACGAAAUUCAAUUUCGAAGUAAUGGAACUUUCUAACAGUGGUUUCAACAGCAUCGCUAAAUGGGACGCCGAUGCUGGGCACUUCAACUAUGCGAGGUCAGCCAACGAUGUGUCUGAUCUUUUGGCGGAGAAAUGGCAGAAUAAAACUUUUAAGGUGGUGUCUCGCAUUGGUGCCCCAUAUCUAGUGCUUCGGAAACCUAAAGACGGAGAAGAACUGACAGGAAAUGAUAGAUACGAAGGGUACUCAAAAGACUUGAUACACGAAAUAUUAAAAGAAUCGUUACACUUGAAUUACGAAAUUGAAAUCGUGCCAGGGAAUGGAUAUGGGUCAUAUAAUAAGGAGAAAAAGAAAUGGGACGGUCUUGUGGGACAUCUUUUGGAAAGGAAAGCAGAUUUAGCUAUUUGCGACUUGACAAUAACUUACGAUAGAAGGUCAGUGGUAGACUUCACGACUCCAUUCAUGACAUUGGGGAUAAGCAUUUUGUACUCAAAAGCACCGCCCGCUCCCCCUGAACUGUUCUCGUUCUUGAAACCAUUUUCUGUCGACGUGUGGAUUUACAUGGCUGCCGCAUAUUUAAUGGUGUCUUUGAUGCUUCAUUUAUUGGCCAGAUUGGCUCCAAACGAUUGGGAAAACCCCCAUCCCUGUGACAAAUCACCGGAGGAACUGGAAAAUAUAUGGCAUAUCAAAAAUUCCUGUUGGCUCACAAUGGGGUCCAUUAUGACACAAGGCUCUGACAUCUUACCAAAAGGUUACUCCACGAGAUGGGUGUGCGGUCUAUGGUGGUUCUUCGCGCUGAUCAUGUGCUCGUCAUACACUGCCAACCUCGCUGCCUUCCUCACCAACGCAGCAAUGGACGAUUCCAUAAAGAGUGUGGAUGACCUCGCCAUGCAGACCAAAAUCAAGUACGGAACUGUCCUGGGAGGCUCGACUUACAUGUUUUUUAAGAAAUCAAACGUAUCCACAUAUCAAAGAAUGUGGACCGCUAUGGAGUCAGCGCGCCCUUCAGUAUUUCUGAAGAAUAAUGACGAGGGAGUGGACAGGGUUCAGAAGAGCAAGAGACAGUAUGCAUUUCUUAUGGAAUCUACAGCCAUCGAGUAUCAGUUGGAGAGGAAAUGUGACUUGAUGCAAGUUGGAGGUUUAUUAGAUUCUAAAGGCUACGGAAUAGCUAUGCCAUUUUUUUCGUCAUACCGGACGGCCGUGGAUAACGCUGUUCUGAAACUAGCAGAGAGUGGUAAACUGGUUGAGCUGAAGAAUCGGUGGUGGAAACCUGAAGUUGAAGUUUGUGUGUCUGUUGAGGAUGGCGAAGAAGGCGCAGCAGCAGAGCUGGGCAUAGACAACGUGGGCGGCGUGUUUGUGGUCCUCGGAAUCGGCUGCGGCAUCGCGGCUGCUAUGGGCUUCCUGGAGUUCAUGUGGCAUGUCCGGGAAGUCGCCAUUGAGCAGAAGAUGACCCAAUCGGAGGCUUUCUGGGCCGAAAUGAUAUUCGCGCUAAGUUUCUGGGAGACAGAGAAGCCGGUGCAGCACUCGCCACCGACGUCCUCCGCAUCAUCAUCUACAUCCAAACACUCCAGGACAUCAUCGGUGCUGCGCUCAGCUGCUGAUUUAUUUAAGAUGGAUUUCUUAAAUAAAUAGUAAUUUUUAUAUUGGCAGGAACAUAAUUAAUUCAUACAAAAUUAAGUAAGCUUGAAACCAUAUGAAUGGUAUCGCACAAAUAUAUUUGUACAAAUUGUUAUAAGGCUAGGCAAAUUAUGUUUAGAAUGUCAAGCGGAUCUAUAUCACAAUAACCUUAAAAAAUAAUAAUAAUAAAUAAUAGUCAAUGUUUGUUGUCUAACGAUUUCUAUGUCACUUUUCUUGCAAAUAUUCACAAAGUAUUUUUAGCGAGCUGUGUGGAAGCACCUUUACAAGAC